UAAAUAUGGUCCCGUAGGAAUUCAAAGUAAACAAACAGUGUUCGAAGAGUUUGGUGGCAAGGAUGGUUUUCUUGACGAUCUCCAAGGUCGUCACAACUGCAUCUUCCCAGCAGCAAGUUAUCUUGGGAUCAAGGAAACUCGAGACUUGCCUGGGAUGAGGCCACGCGGGAUGGCGAGACGACAUGAAUGUUUAGUGGUGACAUCCUGCUGGGCUAUGAUGAUGGUGGCGAACAUCUACCCAACGCCCACUGCUGCUGAAAUUAUCAAUACUCCCACCGCCUUAUCAAUGUCUACGAGACGUCUGUCUGGACUGCGCGUGAAAGCUACGGUGAAGGCUGAGGUGGCGUUGAAAAAUGAGGGGUCAACACUGGCAGCAAUCUCCGUCAAGAUGAUGCAGGAGGUUGACAGCGUAGCUGUCAUAAAAGUCGCAGCAGAAACGUGGCAGCCAUUCUUCCUCAUCGGGCAGGGAGAUCGAGGCAGCCAGUACUCAGGCAUCAUGUGGGACCUGUUGCUGAUGCUCACCUCCAAGAUGAAUGUGAGUGUUGAGAUUGUGCCUCCCUCUGAUGGCCUGUGGGGGGUGGAGCUCCCCAACGGCUCCUGGAAUGGCAUGUUAGGAAUGAUUCAGCGGCAGGAAGUAGACAUGGCAUUGGGACCCUUUGCCAUCUCCUACCCACGGACCAGAGUGGCAGAUUUCCCCGCCAGCAUAUUUGUGUUGCCUCACCGAGUGUACUUGGCCAGACCCCGCGGCUCCUCGGAUCUCAGUGACUUUGUGCGGCUAUACCAUCCCACUGUAUGGAUGCUGACAAUCAUGUGUGUAGUAGUGAUGGCAGCUGUGGUAUGGGUUGCCAUGAGGGUUGAAGGCAGCAUCAUGACACCACAGGAGCACCACAAGAAUCGCACGUCUGCAGUGUACGUGCUCCUUCAUGUGUGGAGUGGACUCAUGCAGGAAUCAUGGCUGUGGGGUGCUGUGGGUGUGAGUCGCUGGCUGAUGGGCCUGUGGUUCCUGGCAACAUUGGUGUUGAUGAGCACCUACAGUGGCCUCCUGGUGGCAUCCCUCACCGUGCCCCGUGUGUCAUUGCCCAUCCGUUCUGUGCAGCAGUUGGUGGUGCAGGACAACAUUCCCUGGAGGCUGGAGCAAGGUGGCAUUAUCCUCCACACCUUCAAGACAGCAGAUGUGAAGCUAUACAAGACACUGCUGGAGGGGAGUGUGGGCUUCUUCCCAGACUGCUAUAAGUCUAGGAGGGACAUAGCAGAGGGAAGAUUUGCAGGGCUGUGUGAUACCCUGGCUGGAGAUCUGAUGGUAGCCAGGAGUUUUUCAGAGUCUGGCAAGUGUGACUUCUUCAGCCCAAGAGACAACAUUGUCACUCACUCAUACACAAUGGUGCUGCAGAAAGCCUCCCCAUUCAUGAGCCUCAUUAACUUCUGGCUACAGGAGCUGCAGGAACGGGGUUGGAUAGAUCAGCUGGUACGGCAACGCAUCAACAAUGGAACCAUCUGUCAGCUACCACCAGGGAAGGAGGAGGGCCAGCGGCCUGCUGUGCCCCUUACCCUCAGCCAGAUGUGGGGAGUGUUUGCCAUCAUGGGAGUAGUGUUGACCUUCAGGUGCUGGAGGAGCAGCUGUGGUGUUCCUGCUGGAGCUGAUCAUGAGACAGACCUGCUGCCUGAUGGAAUUACUGCUUCCCUCAACCACACAGUGACUCAGUGAUGUCAAGUAUGCUGACAAAGGCUGCUGAUAGGUAGACUUGUUUCUCCCAAUCAAACAGUCUAAAGGUGGAUAUAUUUCUUUUAAUCAGUAAACAUUUAUACUCUU